AUGUCGCGUGUUCCUGCUGAGACCAUUGAGCGUUGCAAGUAUUUUCUGCCACACCACUGCGUGCUAAAAGCCGAUAGCACGACAACAAAGCUUCGUGUUGUGUUCGAUGGUUCGGCAGCGACAUCCACUGGAUAUUCGUUAAAUGAGGUUAUGAUGGCUGGUCCUGUUAUACAGGACAAAUUGAUGCAUAUGUUUCUUCGCUUCCGUACAUAUCUGGUGGCACUAACAGGGGAUAUAUGCAAGAUGUAUCGAUGUGUGCGCAUGGCUUCAGCAGAUAGCUAUUAUCAAUGCAUCUUAUGGCGCGAUUCGCCUGAUAAAGAGCUGCAGAUUUUCAAGCUGGACACCGUUACUUAUGGCACGAAGGCAGCGUCAUUUUUGUCGGUUCGUGCAAUGCAUCAGCUGGCGCAUGAUGAAGCAGACUCGUUUCCGGUUGGAUCUGUUGCUUUGAAGAAUGAGUUCUACGUGGACGAUUUUAUAUCUGGAGGCGAUUCAGUUGCUGAGGUUAAGGUCAAGCUGCAGGAAACCGCUGCAAUUCUAGCUCGUGCAAACUUCAAACUCAGGAAAUGGUGUUCCAGUCAUGCCGAAGUAUUGUCGGAGAUAGCUGACGACGAGAAAGAGUCGUACAUGAGGUUCAGCGAUGGCAGCGAAAUCACAAAAACUCUUGGCUUAGCGUGGGAUCCCUCAUCGGAUCGGCUGCUGUUCUCGCUGUCGUUCUUAGAAGCUGGCUCCAAGCCGUGCAGGCGGUCUGUCUUAGCCACAAUUGCACGAUUUUAUGAUCCGCUAGGACUGCUUGGACCCGUCAUGACAAUGUCCAAAAUAUUUCUACAGCAGCUCUGCAAGGAUAAGUUGACAUGGGAUGAGAGUUUGCCUUUGCAGCGAUACACAGCCUGGGUAGAAAUGUGCAGCAGUUUUAAUUCCAUUUCCAGUCUUUCAUUCCGAGAGCUGUUCUUGCUGCUGGGUGCCGUGUCGAAGUUCAUGGAUUUUGUGAUGCCAGUGAAGAGGCCUACGGCACUUGCGUAUAUGUAG